GGACAUUACUUGUGAACCUUCUUUCUUUCUGAUGCAAAUGAAGCGUAUCGUCCUCAUUCCUCCAUGUUUUUAGCGUCCUUCGCUACGUUGUAGAGUCACCUAAGCGAUUGCGGUAAUAUUGUCGUGGUUGCUAAGUGAUUACUUAGCAACGCACCCGAUUCUCCCAAACAUUCAGCCACCGAGAGUGAAGACGCCCGAACGAACCAAGACCGGCCGGGGAGGCGACACUGUCUGUACAACUUCGAGCGACGACACAAGGAAUUUUAUUCAACGCCAACUGCCAAGCCGAAUAAAACACGGAAUAACUCACCUUUUUUUCAACGGAAAUAGUAGCAAGGAAACGAAAUAUAAAAAAUGGCCAAUCUUACUGAGUUGACGUUUUUCUUUGUUGCCCUCAUCUGUUUAUUGACAACAGGAUAUUGUCAAGACGAAGGAUCGGGCGAUGGCUCUGGAACAGAAUCCAUGUUCACCGACGUCACCGAGGUCGUCACCGAAGUGGUGACUGAUGGCGAGUCAGACCCAUCAGAUAUUCAGGCAUUCGGUCUCGUCAUCACUAACGACUUUACCGAGUUCACACUGGAUGUCGACAACAUCGUUACCUACAACGUCACUAUCAAGAACGCCGGAGGAACUGACAUCACAGCCACAGACUCCGACCUCUACAGCCUCCUCAUCGUGGUCAGCGACAACGCCGACCCGACGUCAAGCAACGCGACAACCCAGGAUAUCACACCUCUGCUGACGUCAGCCACCAACCUCGAUGCCGGGAUCGUUGCCGGAGAGUCUAUCGUCAUAGAAAACGUCCACACCAUGAUCAACGUCGCUUCCGAAGUUUGCUCAACCUACCAAAAUGGCUACGUUUGUGUCGAGAUCUCAAAGGCUUCGGGAGCUUCUUACACCGAUGAUAGUUCAACCAAUAACUACUAUUGUCUUAGCUUUGGUGCGGUUGCAGAGGGGUACACCGGUACGCUGGAAUGUUCAGGAUGUGUGGCUAGAAUCAGCUUUAUCGCGCUCCUUGUAUCAACGUUGCUGGCGUACUUCACCUCAUCGUAGAUGAUACUGGACUUGCACAGAUAAAAAAAAACUCAUGAACAAUAUUCGAACAUGAAUUAGGCUAGCCCUGAAUUAGCGUUUCCAUUCACCAAAAUGACGGCCUUUUAUCAAAUUCAAAAUUUCUUCGUCCUCCCAUGACGUCAUCAGUGGGUGAGCUCGGUCUUGCAUUGGAACGAAACUGAAGACAGGGCUGCUGUAUUGCUGUUCGUCUAUUUCUCAAGAUGUCCGUCCAUCGCCGCGGGAGCAGCGAAUUCGAGAGGUUAUGACAGCAUGCAAUAAAGCCAAAGGGAUGCCUUAUCGUUGUCACAUGAUACAAGGGCUGAAAAUGAAGAAAGAAUGAACGCCGAUCUGACUCCUUGACAAUUGUCACGGACUAACAAUAUUUGUUCUGGUUCGUAAUUGAUAUUGCAGUUUUAAGAAGUGAAAUCAGGCAGGGCUCGGCAUUUAAUUUUUCGAGGUUUUAUUUACACUUUUUUUCAUCAUCGAUUACUAAAUAAGACCGAUAAUAAAAAUGAAUAAGAUAUAUAUUCUUUUUUCCCACUAUUAGGAACUCCUAAUUACCCUUAAAUAUAAGCUCCGCGAAUCUUGGCGGUCAGAAAUUUACUAAACAUAUAAUUGAUGAGAGAGCUCAAGUUCAGAAUUGAAUGGCAUGGGAUUUGUUUUCAGUCACUCCUAAAAUAAUGAAGUUCAGUCGCCCCUUGUUAUAUUCUGAGGGAAUCACUGCUGAGCCCUGUCUACUAUGGCAACAUGUGAUGUUCGAUUUAUGCUAAAAGAGCACAAAUUUUCUGCCUCUUGUAGAUUUCAGUUUUAGUCAAUAAAAUCAUUUCUCAUGUCGAAAUUUCAUCGGAAUAUUUGACACUUUUCACCCCAAAAAAUCUACAGAUGGUGAAAAAGUUGAAAUUAUAUUAGAUUUAUUUGGAGGCUUUGUUAUUAGUACAAAUUAAAAAUCCGAUUUUUAGAAUACCUAACCUCCCGUAUUGGACAUUAUUUGAAGAGAUGCAGAGCUGUUGAUUUAUUUUGUAUUUUUUAAAUUACCAAUGUCAGACCUGUUCAAAUGCAAUAAACUAUUAGGUAUUUUUAUCGUAGGAAUGAAUCUUUAUACAUUUUUCAAAAGAAUCGGCAAGUUCCUGAAUGAGACGUCAUUACAUUCCAAUUAAAUAUGUUUUUAAAUCCAUCAUGGAUUCCUAUUAACGGUGAGAAUUGUAUGCAUGUUGUGUCAAAUGUUUGCCAGCGCACCAUGACUAUUUAAUAAUUUUCACUGAAAUGUAUGUGCUUAGAUAGAAAUUCACAAUUAUGGUUAUAAUCGAAACCCUUAUGUCUUUCGCAUCCACAUCAUUUUUUAAGACUUUCUUUUUUUUAAAUUAUAAAUGCUUUUCUUUCAUUUUUUUUUUAAUUGAUGAUAUUCCACACAUGGUGUAUUUUUAUUAAUUGGGAAGUGGUUCGUUAUCUUGCGUGUGUGAUGAUGUACAGUGUAAAUAAUUGCAACGAAAGUGUAAAUAUAUAUAUUAUUUUAUCUUUGUAUAAAAUGAGCUAUGAACUAAAUUCAACGAACAUGCCCAUAGCACUGUUAUGCAACUAGUAAUAAGGGUGUUAUUUUCUGGUUAAAAUAAAUCUUCAGUCAGAUUUCCGUUGUAGCGUGAGAGCACGAUUUCAAUGUAUAUUUGAAACCAAAAAUUGAAAAUGUCAUCUCUAUAUUUUUGUAUUGCAUUGUUAUAAGUAUUGAUAGUUGUAAUAUUCUAUUGUCCCCUGAAUCUAUCGUAUAAACUGCUGGGAAUGACUGCUUGAUCAUAAUGAAAUCUAGCAAGCAUGAUUGAGCAGAAUGAUAUUUUUUUCUUAAAACCCUGACAUGGGGAACAUAAAAUUUAUAAUCUUCGAAAAAUUGCGUUUAGGUUGAAAACGGAAGACAUAAUGUUCAUUUCAGUGUUCUAGCUAUAUAGCCUUAUUGGUCAUAACAGAUGUACUAUAACGAGUAAUGGGCAAUAAAUGGCUGAAUGUCUACAAAGUAA